AUGAAGAUUUGGAGUACAGAACACCAGUUCAGUUAUCCUUGGGAAACUGUUGUCAAAGCAGCAAUGAGGAAGUACCCCAACCCGAUGAACCCGAGUGUGAUUGGCGUGGACGUGCUGGACCGUGGAGUGGACGCCAGGGGGCGCCUCCACAGCCACAGACUCCUCAGCACAGAGUGGGGUCUGCCCAGCAUCGUACGCGCGAUCCUGGGCACCAACCACACUCAGACGUAUGUCAAAGAGCAUUCCAUAGUUGACCCAGAGGAAAAAAAGAUGGAGCUUUGUUCAACAAAUAUCUCGCUAACCAACCUCAUCUCAGUCGAUGAAAGGCUUGUUUACCACCCACACCCGCAAAACCCAGAUGUGACGGUCCUGACACAAGAGGCCAUCAUCACAGUGAAAGGAGUGAGUUUAGGUAGUUACCUGGAGGGAAUGAUGGCCCGGCGGAUGUCAGCUAAUGCCAGAAAGAGCCACAACAUGACCGGGCCACACCUUCAUGGAAAGUGGUCAAGACAAAGACGUUUAUGCACUGGAAAGAGAAAAACCAACACAGCAGCCAAAGCUUAUUGA